AUGUGCCAGAACCAUACCAACGGCUCGGCCAACUGCGCCGCUCCCGCCACCUCGCCCACAUUUUACGAGGACCGCUAUGACCCACGGAAAGUCUCCCUCCACCCAGAGUUUAGGGUUCUCCAACCUGGCGACGCAGCCCUCGACGACCCAAAGGCCAACCUCACCUGCGCAUACACGCCCCAGCAUGAAGUGCUGAUGGUCAACAAGCCUGUGCCUACUGCCCGGCCCGGAGAGGCAAUCGUCCAUGUCAAGGCGACUGGCAUUUGUGGCUCCGACGUCCACUUCUGGAAGCAUGGCCACAUUGGUCCCAUGGUAGUGACCGACAUUAACGGCGCCGGGCACGAGUCCGCCGGUGAGGUCAUUGCCAUCGGCCAAGGUGUCACCAAUGUCGCUGUGGGAGACCGCGUUGCGAUCGAGGCUGGUGUUCCCUGUGGGGAGGCGGAUUGCUACUACUGUCGCAUUGGAAGAUACAACGCGUGCCCUCGUGUGGUCUUCUUCUCCACCCCGCCAUACCACGGCACUCUGACGCGAUACCACGCCCACCCGGCGGCGUGGCUGCACAAACUGCCUGACAACGUGAGCUUUGAAGAGGGCAGCGUGUGUGAACCCCUCGCCGUCGCCCUGGCGGGCAUUGACCGUGCGGGCCUCAAGCUCGGCGACGAGGUGCUCAUCUGCGGUGCUGGCCCUAUCGGCCUCGUCUCGCUCCUCGCCGCUCGUGCCUGCGGCGCCGCCCCCAUCGUCAUCACCGACCUCUUCCAAUCUCGCCUCGACUUUGCAAAGACCCUCGUGCCCAACGUACGUACUGUUAAGAUUGAAAAGUGCUGGACGCCCGAGCAGACAGCCGAAAAGGUCAAGGCGGCGGCUGCCACACCGGGCUGCGCAGGCGUCAAUGAAGGCGGACUGCGACUCGCCCUCGAGUGCACCGGUGUCGAGAGCUCGAUCCGCACCGCCAUCCACUCGAUGCGCUUCGGCGGCAAGGUGUUUGUCAUCGGUGUUGGAGGUGACGAGCAGUCCUACCCUUUUGGGCUGGUUGGCGCUCGCGAAAUCGACCUCCAGUACCAGUACCGUUAUGCCGAGCAGUACCCCAAGGCUAUUCGACUUGUCUCGGAAGGCCUCAUCAACCUCAAGCCGCUCGUUACCCACCGCUUCCCUCUGAACAAAGCUGUCCAAGCGUUCCAGGUAGCUGCGGACCCAACCCAGGGCGCUAUUAAGGUUCAGAUUCAAGACUAG